AGGAGAGAAAAAAAAACUCGAGAGAUACAAUCAGUCAUGGCGAACGAAGACGACGACGACGGAGAGAAAUCACAAGGGACGCCACAACAGAUUGGUAACAAACCCAAAACCCAGAUCGUAAUUGGUGUUCCAUCGUACCAGGAAGUAUUGGAAAGCUCACAGACUAAGUCCACGCCACCGUCUCUCUUCAAACCUUCCCAGACUUUCUCUCAAGCUUUCGCUUUCGUCAAAUCCUCCGACGUCUACUCUCCUCCUCCUCCUCCUCCUCCUCCUCCGUCGCAGCAGCCCAGCGCUUCUCAAGUGCCCAGUACAAGCCAAACGCAUCAAACCGAUGUAGCUUCAUCUUCAUCUUCUGCUCCUGUAGCUACUACUGGCUCUCUACCUUCAAACACAACGCAACCACGUAACGCAAUUCUCGUUAGCAAUAGACAGAAAGGCAACCCGCUUCUUAAACAUAUCAGGAACGUGAAAUGGGUUUACUCAGAUAUCAUUCCUGACUACUUACUUGGUCAAACCACUUGCGCUCUCUAUCUAAGCUUGCGGUAUCAUCUACUCCACCCGGAUUAUCUCUACUUCCGCAUUAGGGAACUACAGAGGAACUUCAAGCUCCGUGUCGUUCUUUGCCACGUCGACGUUGAAGAUUCGGUGAAACCGUUGCUUGAAGUCACCAAAACCUCUCUCCUCCAUGAUUGCACACUACUGUGCGCCUGGAGCUUGACGGAAUGUGCUCGUUAUUUGGAGACGAUAAAAGUAUAUGAAAACAAACCUGCGGAUCUCAUCCAAGGCCAGAUGGAUACAGACUAUCUCUCACGUCUGAACCAUUCGCUUACAAGCAUCAGACAUGUGAAUAAGAGCGAUGUAGUCACACUUGGUUCUACAUUUGGGUCUCUUGCUCAUAUAAUGGAUGCAUCAAUGGAAGAUUUAGCUCGUUGUCCCGGGAUUGGCGAACGCAAGGUGAAAAGGUUGUACGAUACAUUCCACGAACCUUUCAAGCGUGCAGCUUCGAGCUACCCGUCUGUUAUAGAACCAACAGUCCCGCAAACUGAAGUUCAUAAGGGUGGGAACUCGGAGGAACGUGUUGUUGAAGCAGACGAGGAUUUUGUGGAGGAAGACUCAAGGAAACGCAUGAAGAAGGUUGAGCCUGAGAAAACUGUGAAGACUGCGCUCUCGGCCGUUUUUGCUAGAUACUCUGAUAGGCUCUGCAAGAAAAAAGAGAAACAAAAGGAGAAAGAAACAGCAACAGAGUCAGAUGCUGAAGAAACCCACAAAGAUUAACACAAAGUUUUGAUCACUGGCCAAGGCCAUUUGCAAACGGUGACUAUGUUUCUAGAAAUGUAACAUAUUGUUUAGCUUUGUAUUUGUUUGUUGGGUCUUGUAACUGCUAGUUACUGAAGCCUCUGUAUUUAUUUCUUACGAUUGUUACUAAUUUUGUUUUAGCUUUUA